AUGGCGGACGGUGGAGGGGAAGAAAGUCUCGAAGGAGACAGUAAAAACGAAGAAGAAGUCGAACUCGACUUAGCAAAAUGUGCAAAGGAAUUUGCGCAGUACUGCCAAGUUGAUGUUAUAAAUGAGGUAACGUACCCAUCAAAAGUUUCUUUUUGGAAAUAUGUUCAUCAAACAACCGUCGAAAACGAAGGUUGAGGAAGAGUGGUGAAUAUUUUAUUUUAGAAACAUGGCGUUUUCUUUAUUCUCAGUCUAAAGCAAUCGAAGGUACAAUAGAAGAAAUGCUUGUUCGCCUGGAUGAAUUUUCACACCUUGCAGACACGGUAAGGAGCAGCGAUACUGAGUUAUCUUUCAGAGGUUUUUAGACGUUGUUGUUUUGGUUCUAAUCGAGAUUCUUGGAUUAAUUUAUUCAGGUUAAAGGGCGCAUGAUCCGUAAAAUUAUCGCUGGUUUUGUCGAAAAGGAAAUGUAUCUGUUCAUUUUCUUUCAGACUUUUGUGAAAUAAAAGAUAUUUUAUUGCUUUUUUAAUCAAGUUUACCGAAUAUUUCGCUGGCUGCUAUAUCAGUUUAAUUUUUAUGUAGAAACAGAAAUUUCCGUCCCACACUGUUAGUAAUUGUAACUGAUGGUAUUGGAUAAGGCAAACUUCAACGUGGGUAACGUCCUUAUCGGGGGUUGCGUGACUUUUCUGUGAUCUGUUAGUGAGAAUUGUCCUGCUGACACCCUAACUUACAACGCAUGAGCACGACUUGCAAAAGAUCGUGCAAUUUUUGGAAACUUUCCCCUUACAGGGAAAGGUAUAGUAUGUGUAAUGGGGUGAAGUAACCAGCCAGUUAUUUAGAUUGGUAGGGAAGUGAAUUUGUGUAGUCAAUUAACACCUGAACUGAUACCAGAACAAAGGCAAGUGGAGAGGAACAGGGACACUUAAGUCAAUGUUCUGACAUUUCUCUAAAAAAAAACCUGGUCAAAGGCACACAUAUAAAUAUACUAUCAGCUUGAUCUCAUCAAUACUUUAAUGCCUUGCAAUUUUGCCUUAUAGAAGUAUGUGAUACGUGGGAACAUAGCAAUUUUGUCUGUCUUUACUAUGCAGAAAGCACCUAAUAUGAACACCUUGAGAGAUAUCUGAUAUCUGGGACAAAACAAGUCAAGACAAAUUGCCUGAAAGGGCCUCUCUAACAUUUUACUAACUUGUAAAGGAGAAUAAAGCUUUCCCUCCCCACCUCUCCAAAGACCUUGCAUUGAGGGGGGAGGGGUAUGGAUUGUUUUGUUCUCCCAAGCUACCCCAUUUAAGGACAAUGUCUCAAAAUUUUGAGACCAGGGGCGGGGGUUGGGGGGGGAGUUGGAGGUUUAGGGUUUGAAAGUAAAAUCCUUGGUAUAUUAUUUAAAAUGGUGUAAGAGAGCUGAGUCCAUGGGAUAUAUAGUAGACCUAAAAACAUUGUCAGGAAAUACAUUUGUAAUUGCUGAAUAGUUUUACUGUACUUUCAAAGUGUAAGUGGUUUGUUCAUGGCUCAGCUAUUAUUAUGUGUUUGGUUAUUGUUGUACCUAUUUGUUUUGUGUUCCAAACAGAUUCGCAAUGACUCCUCCCAGUCCUUGAUUGAACUUAUGCCUCAACUUCAUGCAAGAUCUCAGGAAUUACCAACAAUAUUCAGAAGGAUCGAUCAACUGGAGGUAUUUGGUUAAAGAGUGAAAUUUACUAGACAUACUUUGUACAGUAGAUUAAAAGCAGAGUAUGCACUUAAAUUGCAGUGAUGUCCUAUAUACCCAAUAAAAAGAUGUAAAAUGCUUUAUUUUGGUGACAGGCUUUUGUGAAUGUUGUCAAGAAAAAUGUUGAUGAAGUUGAAGAGUGUGUGGUUACUGCAGAAAGAGAGCUUGGGAGCCAUACUAUUCAAAAAGUGCUGAGUUCCAUACCAGGACUGAGACAAGUAAGUGGUGUUGUAUAUUUUAAUAAUAAUUAUCUAAAGGUGAGUGUGGAAUAAAGCCCUAGCUGACAUCUAAUGAGCUGCUAAAUUUUCCUUCCCAUUUACCCUAUAUACAAGGUCUCGCUAGGGUUCUUCAAUCUUGUCAUCCCGACCCAAACUUUUGCUUACAGUCCUGUGAUCCUAGUGUUAAUUUUCGGCAUCACUCAUCUUGUGCAAACUGUCAGUCAAAUUUCACCCCCAAAUUCCAGCAUUUCAAGUUAGGCAUAUCCCAGAUCCUGAAAAACCUAUUGACUACACAUUAAAAAACUCAGCAAGCAAAUAGAUUUUAACUAGAUAAUUAUUGAAACUGAUCUUGCUAAGAAAAAAUAUUCCUUUUUAUGGUGCCAGUUAAGGUGGCUGAACACAGUUUUGGCAGUUUGAAGGUAUAUGUCAUUUGCCAAAUCAUAGCAAGAGAAAGGUUGCAGCUCACAAGCUGAAACUUGGCAAGUGAAAAAUAUACUGAUAAAAGAUUUUGAUAGAUGGUUAAAAUUUGACGUUUUUGUAGUUUCCAUGGCAACAUGAACGAUUGAAUACAACCUUAAAAUUUCCU